CAGACUUCACCUUAAUGUACCCGACACUUCCAAAAGAAGCAACAGAUGAGAUGCGUCUGCGGAGUUUAUCAGCGAUUAAACCCGUCCUCUAGACCGCUAUCGACUCCGUUGUGCUUUGCUAUGAUCGACACGCUUUUGUCAGCGUUAUAAGUGUUUAACUGACAGGAAGCAGGAGAGGAGAGCGUCCGGCUGCGCGCUGCUGGCCCACUAAACACACUCUCAUCGGGGACUUCACUUCAAAGGGCAAGAUUGUUUUGCAGCAUACUUGAUAGCCACACAAAUGCUCGCGUUUUAAACACACAGUCUGUUAUGAGUAUUAACAUGUAACUAUGUGAAGUCGUUGUUGUUUGAAUAUUACGGUUGGUUUUUCGUGCAAAAGAUUGAUUUGCGUGCGUUUUCUGCUGAUCGAUUCUAAUCGACCACACUUCAGUCAUCAUCGAUCAUGGCCACAGAUGCAAUAGCGACUGAAGAGGUCUCAAACCAGAGAGACUCGAGUGAUCUGAACGCCAACAGAAGCAGUCCCGAAUCAGACACACCCAGCCGGACAUCGGAGGCGCGAGAAAACAGCUAUAUAAGUAGCCCGUUAUCAUCAUCAUCAUCAUCGGUUCACUCUGAGGAAGAGCUACCUCAGGACUCAAUAGCAGGGAAGAACUCGCUGGAGGAUGGAGACCGUCCGGUCCGAACAGGAGAUCCGCCGCAGGAAGCAGCGACUCCAGACAAUAGACGAAAGCAAGGCGCGAGGACUUCAACUCCUGCGCGAGCGCCGCAGACGCUCUCCUCUCCAGCUGAGCACAACGGAAGUUUUGAGCACCAGGAGUCAGUUGCUACCACAGAGGCGCGGCUGAGAAUGGAAGGGGUGGAGCUAAAGGAGGAGUGGCAAGAUGAGGACUUCCCCAGGCCACUCCCAGAAGAGGAAGAUAUGCAUCUUGAUGAGGAGCUUUUCACCGGCUCUUCUGGUGAAGGAGCACCUGCUUCACAGUCUUAUGGACUAAACAGUGCAAAGAAAACCAAAAGGAAGCUUUUGGCUCCGGACAUCAGCCUAAACCUAGACCACAGUGAGGGGUCAGUCCUUUCAGAUGAGCUGGAUGAGAGUACAGAACUGGACCUGGACGAUAUAGACACCCCUUCAGACAACAGCAACGAGUUUGAGUGGGAAGAUGACCUCCCAAAACCCAAAAACGCGGACCUGCUGCGUAAAGGAGUGGAGUCGGUGCGAGAGUUCACCAGCACGGAGGAACAAGAGGAGGGCCGUCGCUGGAGAGUCUUCCGCAUCGGAGAACAGGAGCACCGGGUGGACAUGAAGGCCAUUGAGCCCUACAAGAGGGUUAUCAGCCAUGGAGGUUACUAUGGCGAUGGACUGAAUGCCAUAAUUGUCUUUGCUGUUUGCUUUAUGCCUGAGAGCAAUCAACCAAAUUACAAAUACAUCAUGGACAAUCUUUUCAAGUAUGUCAUAGGAACUCUAGAGCUUCUUGUAGCUGAGAACUAUAUGAUUGUAUACCUGAAUGGAGCCACUUCACGCCGAAAGAUGCCCAGUGUGGGCUGGCUUAGAAAAUGCUAUCAGCAAAUAGAUCGAAGGUUAAGGAAGAAUUUGAAGUCUUUGAUAAUAGUGCACCCGUCCUGGUUUAUUCGCACCCUCCUGGCUCUCACAAAACCUUUUAUAAGCUCAAAAUUUAGCCAGAAAAUCAAGUAUGUGUUCAGCCUGACAGACCUGGCUGAGCUUGUCCCGUUGGAGUAUGUUUCCAUACCAGACUGCAUUAAACAGUUUGACGAAGAAAAAAAUAGGAAAAAACAUAAAAGGAUUGACCAGGACGUGCGUGGAAAGGUGGAGAUGGCCACCGCAGCAGUGCCAGAGUGAGUCAGAGGAGUUGAAGAGAGAAGCUGGAAGAAUCAACGAAUGUAUUGGGUUUCUUUUAACUGGAGAACACAAGAUCUUGAUGUCAGAAAAGUGCGUUUUAAAGGAGUAGUUCAUCGCAAAAUGAAAAUUCAGUCAUUGUUUACGCUGUCUCAUGUCAUUACA